AACGGAUAAUAUAAAUGUGUGGUCAUUCGUUUCUUUGCAUCAGUGUUUGUGAUUUGACCACCACAAAAUGUUUAUGAAACUGUUGAUCGUUGCUUGUUUGGCUGUGGCCGUUUUCGGACGCCACACCUUUAACGAAGAGGACCGCAACCGGUUCAAAGAUGCAUUUAAAAAAACCUGCAUAAAAAAUGGCGCAGAAGACAAGGCUCCUCAGGCUCAGGCUGCUUUAGACACUUUUGUGGAUUGCAUCAAGGCUCAGAUCGACCCUGACACAGUGAAAAGCGAAAUCGAAGCAGCCAGACCCCAAGGAGCCGUUGAUGAGGUCUUCAAGAAAUACUGUGACAAGAAGCCUGCAUUCAAAUCCUGCAUGACUGGUUUGUUCGACGGAGUCUACCCAUGCUUGAGCGCCGAUGUUCGCGGUCAUUAUGGUUCUGAUAUAAAUGCUACUGACCGUUUCCUGAACUUCAUAUGCCACAAUGACGGAGAGAGAAUUGCUUUAUUCAUUGCUGAGGAUGGAGUCAGCUGUUUCAACGAAAAAGAAAAAGAAAUCGUAACUUGCGUGGAGAACCUUCGCAAGGAUGUUGAUGCCGAAGAAAAAGUCAGACAUAUGUCCAUUGAUUCCUUCUGUAAUAGACUUACAGCCAUGGCCUCAUGUACUGUGAAUGCUUUAGAGAACUGCUCCUCCCCCACGCCCAGCAACAUGGCGGAGUCUCUCUUCAAAUACGUCAAAAACAGCACACCAUGCAAGAAAUCUGAGGAAUAAGCAGCAUUAUGUUAGCGUAUGAACUUGUAAAUAGUGAAUAUACACAUACAUAGUAACAAAACUUUGUGCAAAGAUUAACAACCACUCAAGAUAUAGACACUACGUAUUACAAUCAAAAGUUUUGAUGAAUUUUACCAAAAAGUUUUUAUGAAGAAUCUGGAAUCAUCUGGACGAAAAAAAGUAACAAAAAGUCACAUGGUUUUGUGGCAAUUAUUCGUCAGGCUUAGCUGCUGGCUGGAAAUGAUUGAUAAAACAUACUCGGAUGUGGGUGAUCAAUCAAAAAAAACCUUCUUAAGUACCUGUCUGAUGCCUAAUCCGCUGUUUUGCUAGUAAUUUUUUU